UCUUUUACAUGGUUUGAGCGGGUGAGUAUGCUGGUCAUCAUGCUGAACUGUGUCACCCUUGGGAUGUUCCAGCCCUGUGAAGACAGCACCUGUGAGUCAGAACGUUGCAAAAUUCUAAAGGGAUUUGAUGACUUCAUCUUUGCAUUCUUUGCUGUGGAGAUGAUUGCCAAGAUGAUUGCGCUGGGCAUCUUUGGCCCAAAAUGCUACCUUGGUGACACUUGGAACCGUCUUGAUUUUUUCAUUGUUGUUGCUGGUAUGUUAGAGUAUUCACUGGACCUCCAGAAUGUCAGUCUAUCAGCAGUCCGUACUGUGAGGGUCCUGAGACCACUACGAGCCAUUAACCGAGUUCCUAGUAUGCGGAUACUGGUGACCCUGCUGCUGGACACUUUGCCUAUGUUAGGCAACGUACUUCUCCUCUGUUUCUUUGUCUUCUUUAUUUUUGGCAUUGUCGGGGUCCAGCUGUGGGCAGGACUACUACGAAACAGGUGCUUUCUUGAAGAAAACUUUACAAUACCUGCCUCCCAAGAGUUGGAUCAAUAUUAUCACACAGAAAAUGAUGAUGAAAAUCCCUUCAUUUGCUCCCUCCUGAAGGAUAAUGGAAUGCGGUACUGCCGCAAUGUACCCCAAAGACGAGUGAACAACAUUGAUUGUACCUUGGAUGGUACAAGUUACAACCUGUUACAGAGUAACAUGACAAACAAUGUCAGCUGUGUAAACUGGAAUCAGUAUUACACCCAGUGCCAGCCUGCUGAUCACAACCCAUUCAAAGGAGCUAUCAAUUUUGAUAACAUCGGAUAUGCAUGGAUAGCAAUAUUCCAGGUUAUAACCCUUGAGGGUUGGGUUGAUAUCAUGUAUUUUGUUAUGGAUGCUCACUCCUUUUAUAAUUUCAUCUACUUCAUCCUAUUGAUCAUAGUUGGGUCAUUUUUUAUGAUCAAUUUAUGCUUAGUUGUCAUAGCAACCCAGUUUUCUGAAACUAAGCAGCGUGAAAGUCAAUUGAUGAAGGAGCAACGAAUUCGCUUCAUGUCUAACGCAAGCACGCUGGCAAGUUUUUCUGAACCAGGGAGCUGCUACGAUGAGCUCUUGAAGUAUAUUGGCCACAUGCUGAGGAAGGCCAAGCGUGAAGCUGUUCGUGUUUGCUAUGUAGUGGUGGCCAGAAGAGGGGUGCAUCCUGCCAACAGGAGUGGGCCACGCGCACAGCCCCGCAGACGGCGGAAACGGAAGCGGGCAGCCUCGGUCCAUCAUCUCAUUCACCACCACCAUCAUCACCACCAUUACCACGUGAGCAAUGGAACAAUGCGGGCACCACAGGCCAGCCCAGAAAUCAGUGAUGUGGAAACCAACUCUGCACACAAUGGUGGUAACAGACUAAUCGUGUUGCCCUCACCACUGUCAAGUUUGCACUCUCCCCCACCUCCUCCAUCUCCCACCACUGCCACACCUAGCAAUACCGAAUCUGUCCAUAGCAUCUAUCAUGCCAACUGCCACAUUGAGCCAAUCCAAUGUAAAGCUUCCCUCAGGCAAGGCAUAGGCCUGAUCCCCCCAGAUGGACUCCAGAAGAAUUCGGAUAUCAAAAGCUACCCAACCGUGCACCCUAGCUCCCCACAUCAGGUGAUCAACCUGAACACCAAAGGUGAGAAGACACUUAAAGAUGCAACAAUGAAUCCUGACAGCACAAAGACAAAUCUCAACAUCCCAGCUGGACCAUACCGGAAGAUGCAUCGACUACUGGAAACACAGAGUGCUGGCCCUUGCAAAGGUUCCUGCAAGUUAUCUGGUCACUGCUUACCCUACAGCUCUGCCAGUGGAACGACUGACAUUCUGAACUGUGAUCCGCAAAGCUGUCCCAUCUGUAUCAGGAGCAAUGAAUCUGAGGUGACGGACAAUGAGACACUGGAUUCAGAGAGUGAUGGCGUGUACGAGUUCACCCAGGAUGUUCACUACAAUGAUCAACGAGAUCCUCAAUGUAACCAACCAAGAGCAAAGAAAUGCUGGGAAUUUUGGAACAUAGUCUGUAACACCUGCCGCAAAAUUGUUGACAGCAAAUAUUUUGGGCGAGGAAUUAUGAUUGCUAUUCUCAUCAAUACACUUAGUAUGGGGAUAGAAUACCAUGAACAGCCUGAGGAACUGACUAAUGCAUUGGAGAUCAGCAAUAUUGUCUUCACCAGCCUGUUUGCAUUGGAAAUGCUUUUGAAGAUCCUGGUGUAUGGUCCUAUUGGCUACAUCAAGAAUCCUUACAACAUCUUUGAUGGUAUCAUUGUUGUUAUAAGUGUGUGGGAGAUUGUAGGCCAGCAGGACGGGGGCCUCUCAGUGCUGCGUACCUUCCGGUUGAUGCGAGUUCUGAAAUUGGUGCGGUUUAUGCCAGCUCUGCAGCGCCAGCUCGUAGUCCUGAUGAAAACAAUGGACAAUGUUGCCACCUUUUGUAUGCUGCUGAUGCUCUUCAUCUUCAUCUUUAGUAUUCUGGGAAUGCAUCUUUUUGGAUGCAAGUUUGCUUCAGAAAAGGAAGGAGACACUCUUCCUGACAGAAAGAAUUUUGACUCACUCCUCUGGGCUAUCGUAACUGUCUUCCAGAUAUUGACUCAAGAGGAUUGGAACAAGGUCCUCUAUAAUGGGAUGGCUUCCACUUCUCCAUGGGCUGCUUUAUACUUCAUUGCCCUCAUGACGUUUGGAAACUAUGUUCUCUUUAACUUGUUAGUUGCCAUAUUGGUGGAAGGAUUUCAAACUGAGGAAGUCCCGAAGCGGGAGGAUGCGAGUGGGCAGUUAAGCUGUAUUCAGCUGCCUGUCGACUCGUCCGGGGGAGAUGUCUCAAAGUCAGACUCAGAAGCUGACUUUUAUUGUCAGAGCUUGGAUGAUGAAAGUGGAAGCAAGAAGGAUAUUCCAACUACUGCAUUGAUGGCAGCAAAUGGUCAUUUGGAUGUGAAAACCAGUCUGACCCCACCACUCAUCAUCCACACCAAUGCAACACCAAUGCCAACACCAAAGGGGAUGCAAUGCAGUGACUCUGUACAUAUGUACACUGAUUCCCGCAGAGGGAGCAAUGUGUCAGUCGAUCCCAAUUAUUACGACCAAAAAUCACCGACAAGUGCGCGUAGCUCUCCCUACGCUCCUUGGAGCACGGCCAGCAGCUGGAACAGCCGCCGCUCAAGCUGGAACAGCCUCGGCCGAGCUCAAAGCCUGAAGCGUAAGCACCAGUCUGGUGAGCGAAAGUCCCUCCUCUCGGGUGACGGCAAAGAGAGUUCGGAAGAAGGCGAUGGAUCGGAGGAUGAGAGAGCCAGUCGAGCAGGUAGUGGGAGGGGGCCAGCCCCUCAGCGCGUGGACUCUCUGGAGAUAAAGGGUUCUUUCGAUAUUCCUGAAACCCUGCAGGUACCCAGUCUUCACAGGUCCUCCACCAUCCACAGCAGCAGGGCCCCACCACUGGACUGCCAGGACUGUAAUGGUAAGAUGUCCCCAGCCUCCAUGGUACGCCAGUUCCACGUGGAUGAGCAGAGAGCUGAGUUUGAGAAUACUGAAGAUGAUAUUGAUCUGACCAAAGGAGCACGGUUGCUGGCAUGGAUUCAAAGCAAGCUGCCACCCUGUUUCAAGGAGCGGGAGGGCUGGUCACUCUUCCUCUUCCCACCACAGUCCAAGUUUCGACAUGUCUGCAGCAGAAUUAUUUCACACAAGAUGUUCGACCACAUUGUUCUGGUUAUUAUCUUCCUGAACUGCAUCACUAUUGCCAUGGAGAGACCAAAGAUUGAUCCUAAGAGUGCAGAACGGAUCUUCUUGACACUCUCGAACUAUAUCUUCACAGUGAUCUUCUUGAGUGAAAUGGCAGUAAAGCUGGUGGCUAUGGGCCUUUGUUUUGGUCCACAGACUUAUCUCAAGAGUUCUUGGAACGUUCUGGAUGGGCUGCUGGUGAUGAUAUCAGUCAUUGAUAUUCUGGUCUCCAUGGUCUCAGACAGCGGAACAAAGAUCCUUGGAAUGUUGCGGGUCCUUCGACUGUUGCGGACCCUCCGGCCUCUCCGGGUGAUCAGCCGAGCACCAGGCCUUAAGCUUGUUGUUGAAACACUGAUGUCCUCCCUGAAGCCUAUCGGAAACAUUGUGGUCAUCUGCUGCGCGUUCUUCAUCAUCUUUGGUAUACUGGGUGUGCAGCUCUUCAAAGGGAAGUUUUACUUCUGCCUUGGGGAAGACAUAAGAAACGUCACCAACAAAUCUGACUGCAUUCAAGCCAACUACAUGUGGAUCCGUCACAAGUACAACUUUGAUAAUUUGGGGCAGGCCCUGAUGUCCUUGUUCGUUCUUGCAUCGAAAGAUGGGUGGGUUGACAUUAUGUAUGAUGGUUUGGAUGCUGUGGGAGUGGAUCAACAGCCGAUCAUGAACAACAACCCAUGGAUGCUCCUUUACUUCAUCUCCUUCCUGCUCAUCGUGGCCUUCUUUGUACUGAACAUGUUUGUCGGAGUGGUGGUGGAGAACUUCCACAAGUGCCGGAAGCACCAGGAGGUGGAGGAAGCCAAGCGCCGCGAGGAGAAGCGUCUCCGACGCAUGGAGAAAAAGAGACGGAGUAAGGAGAAACAGCUGGCUGAAGCACAGUGUAAACCUUAUUACUCUGACUAUUCUCCUGCUCGUCUUUUCAUCCACAAAAUGUGCACAAGUCAUUACUUGGAUUUGUUCAUCACUGUUGUGAUUGGGCUGAAUGUUAUCACCAUGGCAAUGGAACAUUAUCAGCAACCAAAGAUCCUUGACGAGGCGCUUAAGAUCUGUAACUACAUUUUCACGAUUAUCUUUGUCCUGGAAUCUGUAUUCAAACUAGUGGCCUUCGGUUUCCGCCGGUUCUUCAAGGAUAGAUGGAACCAGCUGGACUUAGCUAUUGUAUUGUUAUCUAUUAUGGGAAUCACCCUCGAAGAGAUUGAGGUGAAUGCCUCCUUGCCAAUAAAUCCCACUAUUAUUAGAAUCAUGAGAGUCCUCCGGAUUGCUAGAGUCCUCAAGCUCCUGAAGAUGGCAGUGGGAAUGCGAGCCUUGCUAAACACAGUAAUCCAGGCUCUACCACAGGUUGGAAAUCUUGGUCUCUUGUUCAUGCUGCUGUUUUUCAUAUUUGCAGCUCUUGGAGUUGAACUUUUUGGGGACCUAGAAUGUGAUGUCUAUCAUCCCUGUGAGGGCUUGGGACGGCAUGCCACUUUCAGAAACUUUGGGAUGGCUUUCCUCACCUUGUUCCGUGUAUCAACUGGAGACAACUGGAAUGGAAUAAUGAAGGAUACUUUACGAGACUGUAACCAAGAAGGCACAUGUUACAACACAGUGGUAUCCCCAAUCUACUUUGUGUCAUUCGUACUGACAGCUCAAUUUGUACUGGUGAACGUGGUCAUCGCAGUACUGAUGAAACACUUGGAGGAGAGCAAUAAAGAGGCGAAGGAGGAAGCAGAACUUGAGGCAGAGCUGGAACUGGAAUUAAAAAUGUUAAAUACCAAUCAAGGGAAUAUGGACAUUAUGACUUGGGGAGGCAGUGAAGGCAGAGAUGCUGGUGACAGCCCAGGAAGCCCAUCUGAGUCUCUCCAAAUCAAGAUGGAUUCACCAUUUUCUUUAGAACCACCACUGGACAAGCAAUUUUUUGACAACGUCUCCCUGCUGAUCCAAGGUUCAUUGGAAGGAGAGUUAACCCUCAUGGACAAUCUCUCGGGUUCUGUCUGCCACAACUAUGCCAUCCCACAGCAAAACAAGUGCUGCACUGAGAAACAGAUCCCUCUAGCUGAGAUGGAGGCUGUUUCUCUGACGUCUGAUAUUCAGUCUGAGAAAUCGUGGUCGUUAGCACUGACAGAUGACUCUUUGCCCGAUGAUGCAAACGUAUUCUUACUAAAUACACUGGAAAGCAAUGCUGAGCAGGUUCAAGAACAUGAGGUUAAGAAGGGGAUCCAAGAGAAGAACCUUCUCACUGUGAGGAAACCUUUUGUUGGCCGCACACACUCGCUGCCCAAUGAUAGCUACAUGUUCCAGCCUGUCAACCCUGCUCCAAUUGAAGGUCUGCAGGGAUCAGAGAACAAUCCCAAGUCACAGUCAGGUUCAACCACAUCAGUUCGAUCUCAGCCCAUUGGUAACAGUGGCUACCUCCAGGUUCCUAUGGAGUUGUUUCUCCCUGUCAGCCAUCAGAACAGUUUUGAUUCUGAAAAUAUCCCGAAGAUUCCUCCCCCUCGGAAACCUCUGAGUGCCCACAGAAUGCUGCAUAGACAGGUUGCUAUAACAAAUGACUCUCUGGAUCCACUGUAUACGGAGUCUAAGGAAAACUUGCAGAUACAGUCUAACGAACCAUCAUCCUUAAAUGUGUCUGUACCCUGUGUGUCCGCUGUGCAACCAUCUAUGGUGUUAGUGCCUGCCUCACCCAAAACACCAACCAAACACAGUGUCCACAUCCAACAACACAGCCAUAACCAAUGCAACAUUACUAACUAUGUGACUUCACCACGUCACUUUCGGAAUCCCUUCAGGGAACGCCCUGAUUCUGCGGACCAGGAAGUCUCACAAAUCUACAGCAGCAACAAGAGAGCUUCCAAACCUCCAAUGUGCCCCCCGCUACCCACAAAAGUCUGCAGCAGUACAGGAAACCUCAUGAUUAAAGACAUAAAAAAGUUCUACAGUGUAGACACACAAGGAUUCUUGACCAAGCCCACAUCGUGGUUAAAUGAUCCUCGGAGACAUUCAAUUGAAAUCUGCUCCUCUGUCGAAGCAAGUCCUCAGCACCAUUUCUCCUCGACAUCCUGUUGUGCCAUCAGCCAAGCAGUGUCAGAACUGGGUAGUCUGCAAGCAGUGCGGCAAAAGCAGAAAAUGAGCCCUCCCUGCAUCUCCAUAGACCCGCCAGAGGGCAGACACACUACACUGCAAGGUACGCACGGACAAAUGUCUUCUAGUGACAUGUGCUUGAGAAGGCGUGCUCUAUCCUGUGACUCUGCGCCUCACAAGGAUUCUGUGGACCUUGCAGACCCACCACCUCCUGAAAGCACGCCCACCUCUCCAUCCUCAGCAAGGGAUUUGCUGACUCUUCCCAGCUUUUCCUUGGAUCAGACUGAGGCAGACCUCUGAAUGAGAUUGUUUAUUUGUUUUUGUUGCCAAAAAGACUAUUUCUUUUCCAUUCCUAGCAUCAACCAAGAACUCUGCAUUCUGACAGGCACUGGAAGUCGAGCCUCCACCAACUCCCCUAACUCUAUCCAAACAGUAACCAAGGGUGUGGAGCCCUCACGAUGCUGCUUUGCCUUGCAUUCAAGCAGAUGGGUGACUAUACGUGUAGUCCAGUGCAGUGGAGCGUCACUUUUGUUUGAUGCUAAUGGUAUUUUCAUUUGAAAUUGGAGGUAAUAUGCCAAGUGGCAAUAUUUUCUCAAAAAGUAUCAGUACAUUCCAGAGUUUACUUUGGAUCUCAGAUCAGGACAAUUAACAAUGGGCCUGUCAUCAGCAUCCCCAGAAUGUUUUAAAGUGUUAAUUAAAACUAAUUUUUUAAAAUCCAGUUGAGUUGGUCAGGACAUUUUCUUUAUUCCCUUUAAGGCACAGAGCAAGGAUCCAGUCAUUAAUAUAUUUAGGAAAGAGAUUUAUAAAUAAAGUAACCAACAAUAUUUACUCUGUCUGUGUGCUUAAGUGAACUUAUUGGAUGCUGGUAUCAAAAAAUGGCACUCCACUGUAACAGUGACUCUUAAGGUUAUCUAAAUUUGUGAAAGAUGGCAUAACCGUGAGACAAUAUUAAAAUGCAGUUGUUGUUAUGGGUUAUACUUAUGUUGUGGGGUCCUAUGUUUCCAGAGUUUUUUCUCAUUUUUACUUAUUUAUUUAUCAAUUGAUUGGCUUCUUGCAUCAUUGGUUUAAUUUUAACGACUCAUAUUAGUUUGUUAAAUUAAUGACAUUUACAUUUUAAAAGACUCAAAUGAACUUGUCAUUUCUUAAACAGUAUUGGCUGCAGGCAACUCUCUGGGUUCUGAGGAAUUAAUCUGCAAGUGGUGCCUGGAGUUAAUGUUUCUCCAGUUAUGAAAUGAAUAGAGUUCACUUCAGUUCAUACAGAUGUUAUUACUGUGCGGUCAGAUAUGUUUGUAAUAGGAGUGUGGGAAUGGUGCCAUCAAAUGGCCAAAGAAUAAUCAUAAGAGGAGCUUGUACUAGAUAUAUUGGAAAAAACCUUGUCUCAGUUAACAUUACAGAAUGUAACAAUCCAUGCUGAUAUGCAAAUAUGUUUUUAACAUUUUAAUUAGUCAACUCAAUCAGUAAAUUACUUAUCCCAGCAUUUUCUGCACAUGGAAAAUACUGUAUAUCUCCAUUCACCAAAACAUCAUGACAAUUUCCUAUUUUCCAUGUCCAGGAUUGUAAACUAACUCAUUAUAAAAGAGGGGACAGGGUGGAAUCAAAAAACUUAACAUUUUCUAGUAAUAAUCAUGACUGGUUGCCCUUUAAAAUACCCACUGCUUUAAAACUUGCUAGGUGUGGUAAAGUUUUCUGAGAUUCUAGGUAACCACAUCCUUUGUAGCAGCUCUGUCCACAUGUCCCCAUUCAUGAUGGAACCUGAUGCGUCACCAUUCUUGUAUCAAAUAAUGGUUCAUCACCACAAUUUGGAUUUGGAGUAGGAGUGCAAUGAAUAGUGCAAAUUGUAUCAAACUUUUCUUAAUGACAAUUUUCUUUGUCCAUAUUCAAGAAGCACCACUUAUUAUUCUUUCUGUGAGUGCCAUACAGCACUCAUUUUACGGCCUCUGAGUGUUUGAAAGAAAUCGAUUUUCCACAGUUUAUGCCAUCCGGGGUCAAUGUUUAACUGUGAUGUCACCGGUGGAUAUCAGCCAAAACUUCCUAAUGAUGGACAUUCAAAAACCCUUAACACAAGAUCUAAGUUUUGUGUCAUCCCAUCUGAGGCAUCAGGCCAUAUUGAAAUGACACCAAGCAUCUUGUAGGAGUGUUAAUGAAUUCUGGUACUACAGAUGGCAAAGAAUAAAUUAUUUGGUUGUCCAAUAUAUGGAACAGUAUUUAAAUCCCUAAUUUUCUUGGGGCACAUGCCCAACCAUGGAGUGUCCGUUGCUAAAUGUGUGCACGCUCUUUGUUUGAGAACAUUUUACAUUUUAUCAUCACAGCUCAAUCACAUUGAUUCAGUUAGUUCAAAGCACACCAGCACUUUAACAUUGCAGAUUACUGUGUGCAGUCUGAGCAUUGCGGUGAUCUUUACCAUUGCUAGUUUAUGUGUGCAUAGGUGGGUGAGUGUAUGUGAGUAAAUGUGGAAUCAGUUGUCAGUAUACUGUAGAUUACGCAUCUACAGCUGUUGCACAUAUGUUAUAGGACCAUUUUCAUUAAGAUCUUUAACCAGCUAGAAAUUAUCUUUAUUUAAAUCCAAGUACCUUGGGCUUGAAUAGCAUUAACUCCAGCACAAGGAAAAAGUAAUUAACAUUGUAAAACUUAAGGGGUCUAAUAGUGGCCACUGCUGCAACCUGUUUCUUCCUUUCAUAUAGAAUACAUUGCAGAGAAAAUACUGAUCAAAACAAAUGAAGUGGAGUGAAAUGUUAAUAUUUAUGUAGUAUAUAUUAUAGAGAAAUUGUAUUUAAUAUUGUUAAAUUCUACACUGUAUUCAGGUAUUUUUGGACCGUAUAGUGGGUCAACCAAUCAGGGCAACAAAAUGAGAAAAUAAAUUAAGCUAAACAGAUUCUUAAGACAGAGGUUCUAAUGAAAUAACUUAGGAAAUCACCUCAAAAACUCUGAAUCAUGAUUUAUGCAAUUUUGUUGAUUCCAUUAUUGAUCCUUUUGAAUGCAUUGAUUGAUAGUUGUAAAGUGUUUUCCAAAGAAAGGAUUGCAUUACAGUCAUUCAGCUCAAACUCUCAGAGUCCCUUUUUCACUGUCAGAACUGAUUUGAGAAACAAUUCUCUGUCUAUUGACUUCAAAUAAUAUACUGACAGAAUGCUGGAUUUUAACCUUGAUUAGAUUCAUCAGGCUAACAUCAUCACACACUUGACAAACUAAGCUAAAGGGCAGGAGAGAAACACUUUUCUCUAGUCCAGAGCUAGUGAAUUUAAUAUUGUAUUUAAAGUUAGGUUUUCAAGGGUAGGUACCACUAUUUCACAAAAAGAAUUGUGAGGUUCCUCCACCAAAAAUUUCAAAAUUUUAGAUUGCUGUUAGGGCUAUCGAUGCACAUGAAGUCAAUUGGGUAACUACACAGAAACAAGAAAACUACCUAAAUGUAGGACUGAGCAGUCUCGAGGAUCAUUGUGUCUAACUCUGGUUUCCAAGUUCCUGAUCAAAGUUAAGAAACUCGGAGAGGGGUAAAUGGCAAUCCACAUUUUGGUUCGCUGUAUUGUCUACACAGUGCAGACCUUCAACAACUUAACAUAUAAUCCUUGUUUUAUGUGCCAAGAUUUUUGUCUACUGGAAAGCAUCAGGUGGCAUCAGUAAUAGAACAUGAUUCUGAAAUCUUAAAAGUAAUGUUGUCAUUUUUAAUGUGCUUUGCAUUUAAGAACUAAGACUCUUAUUGAGAUGUGUCCCUUCCAUUUCUAGUCCCUGUAUUUGCUCCAUUCAAUAUCUCCACAAUUAUAAAAACAAAUUCAUACAAUUAUAAAACAAAUCUUGUACAAUUUCCUGCCAAAAAUUCAAGAGAAAAUUAUUUCCUCAUUUCUAAAACAUUGCUAACUAAUGGGUGCAGAUAAUGUGUAAUUUUCAUGCAAAUAGUUUUUUAGAAUGCUACAUUCUCAACUGAAUCCCACUUAAGGAGUAAGAAGAUUCUCCUCACUAUUCUUUUUAUAAAUACAUAUCAAUAGAUUUUCCAAAGAUGGAUUUGCAUAUGAAUGCAUUUAGUGCUGGAGUACUGUUAGCUGCAUCACAAACUUAUGAAUGAGGGUGUGAAUGAUGUCUUUAAGCACUAUCUUUUUUUUUAUCAAGCAUGCCCUUGAAAUUAUUACAGUUCCAUAUCAGAAAUGGGAACCGGUUCCAAACAGAUUUGUCCCUUUUUAAAAAUAUUCUUUGUCAUUACCUUAAAAAAAAACAGAAAGGAAGGGUGUUGGUGUUUGUUUUUAAUCAUCUAAUUUAUACCUGGGGGGUGCAGAAAAGAACAGGCAAAAGAAUUAAAUGUUGGGGAAGGUGACAUUCUACUUUAAGGUUUGUACAUCUGUUUAAAAAAUCUUUUGAAAAUUGUUGUAAGACUAUUAAAAUUGCAAAAAGACUAUUUUUACAAAAAAGAAAAAAAACAUGAAAAAGUUACUUCAUGACAGUUGUUUCAUUUAUUGGAUAAUUUCUUACAGGUUACAAGAAUGUCAUUGAGGGGGACAAUUCUGGUUUCAGUUAUCUAUUACCAAACAGCUAUUAAAAAUUUGAUUAGGACAUUGGAAUUUCAAGUCGUGUAGGUACUGUUGUUUCAACUGAAAAUACUAUUUUACUGAAAAGUGAGGAAUGCUACAUGAUGAAAUUGCAUUCAUUCAUUAGCCAGCAGGGACAUGUCUGACUUAGAAUAUCCAGCAUCUUUUCAAUGCAGAAAAGCCAAGUAAUGUUCUUGUCACCAUUAAUUUUGGGAAGAAUGAAAUGUGAAACUUUAACCAAUAAUAGAAGUAUUGUCUUUCAAUUGACAGUAUUAUAUUCAUCAAACAUUACCUGGAGUUCUUCAUAGUUUGAUAACGAUAACGAUCAUUUAGUAAAUGACAGACUGCUUCGUCUUAGUUUUCACACCAUCCUCCCCAAGUACAGGAAUUAUUUUAAUUGGUUAAGUUUAUCAAUUAAAAUUUGUAUGAAUUUAUCUUAUGUAAAGUCCAUUACGGUAGAGGGAAUAGAUGUCUCUUUAGUCUAAUACCUACUGAGAAAUUGAACAUAUUUAACAAUAUAUAUUUAUAUCCUUACUGUUACCAACAUGAACUGAAUCCUCUUAAAAAGUCAAUGUGUAAUGUUUGACAUGAAACAGUGACCACAUUCAUGCAGAAGAUGAUAUGGUGUUUAUGAGUGACAGCCAAUAAGGAAUAAUGGUAUAAAGUAUCAUGCACUAAUAUUUCUGUUCCUGCUGGCUCAGUAAGCAAGGGAGAUCUCCAACCUUUUUCAGUGUCUGAAGAUCAGUUGGAAAAUAAUGUCUGCAAAACUUUAAAUUCCCUCCGAAUGGACUGGCAACCAAUGGCUUCACUGUUUUUCACAGCAGUUUUGAAAAAGGCGAGGGAACCUCAAAAAGCAAAGCAGAGUGCGUGCAUCCAGUUGCAACCAUGUCUUGUACUAACACAUUUGCUCCAUAUCCUUGUGCAGAAUGUUGGUUCCUUUAGAUAAACUGUGUCCUGAUUUUCUCAAAUGUUUAUGCAGUAGCCCUACUUUUAUGUAGUUGAAACUGAAUUUAAAAUUAUGCUUUAAAAUAAAUAGAGAA